UUGGCUCCCAGGCCCUUUUCACAUCAUGGGUUUGGCAUGUGCAUGUUACAUACAUUGUUACAUCCUCUGGGUAAAUAUCCCAGUAACCUGCUCUGUAUUUUACACUUCGACACUGCCACUGGACUGAGAACAUUCACAUCUGCUACCUGUGGACACAAGAUUAUAAACAACACAAUGGACCCGAGGCUGGUACUGGCUGUUUUGUGUAUGAUUUCUGCAAGUGCUCUGGCAGACACUCCAAGUAAUCAGACUGCAGUGAAUGUAACUUUACCAAACACUUCUGCAGUAUUCAACUUGGUCUUUAGCAUCAAUGAAACCUUUGAUGCAGCACUGGCCAAUAUCAGCUCUACACAGUUUGCAGCAAAAGCUUCAAGUAUCCGUACUCAGCUUGAACCAAUUUACAGACAAAUGUUCAAAAACUUCCUCCAGAUGAUAAUUCAUGGUUUCAGGAAUGGUUCGAUUGUGACAAAUUCCAGCCUUGAAUUUAGUGCCAAUGGCACCAUCCCAACUGACUCCACAGUAAAAGAUGCCCUUGCUAAUGCGACUACCACCAACUCAAGCUUGAACAUUAUUACAAAUUCUAUAAAUGUCACCCGGGUUCCUGAGACAAACUCCUCUUCACCAAACACAACUUCACCCCCGAGCACAAAUACAACCACUCCUGCAGUAGCUGCAGUAUUCAACUUGGUCUUUAGCAUCAAUGAAACCUUUGAUGCAGCACUGGCCAAUACCAGCUCUCCACAGUUUGCAGCAAAAGCUACAAGUAUCCGUACUCAGCUUGAACCAUUUUACAGACAAACCUUCAAAAACUUCCUCCGGAUGAUAAUUUAUGGUUUCAGGAAUGGUUCGAUUGUGACAAAUUCCAGCCUUGAAUUUAGUGCCAAUGGCACCAUCCCAACUGACUCCACAGUAAAAGAUGCCCUUGCUAAUGCGACUACCACCAACUCAAGCUUGAACAUUAUUACAAAUUCUAUAAAUGUCACUCGGGUUCCUGAGACAAACUCCUCUUCACCAAACACAACUUCACCCCCGAGCACAAAUACAACCACUCCUGCAGUAGCUGCAGUAUUCAACUUGGUCUUUAGCAUCAAUGAAACCUUUGAUGCAGCACUGGCCAAUAUCAGCUCUCCACAGUUUGCAGCAAAAGCUUCAAGUAUCCGUACUCAGCUUGAACCAUUUUACAGACAAACCUUCAAAAACUUCCUCCGGAUGAUAAUUUAUGGUUUCAGGAAUGGUUCGAUUGUGACAAAUUCCAGCCUUGAAUUUAGUGCCAAUGGCACCAUCCCAACUGACUCCACAGUAAAAGAUGCCCUUGCUAAUGCGACUACCACCAACUCAAGCUUGAACAUUAUUACAAAUUCUAUAAAUGUCACCCGGGUUCCUGAGACAAACUCCUCUUCACCAAAUGCAACUUCACCCCCGAGCACAAAUACAACCACAAGCACAAAUACAACCACUCCUGCAGUAGCUGCAGUAUUCAACUUGGUCUUUAGCAUCAAUGAAACCUUUGAUGCAGCACUGGCCAAUACCAGCUCUCCACAGUUUGCAGCAAAAGCUACAAGUAUCCGUACUCAGCUUGAACCAUUUUACAGACAAACCUUCAAAAACUUCCUCCGGCUGAUAAUUUAUGGUUUCAGGAAUGGUUCGAUUGUGACAAAUUCCAGCCUUGAAUUUAGUGCCAAUGGCACCAUCCCAACUGACUCCACAGUAAAAGAUGCCCUUGCUAAUGCGACUACCACCAACUCAAGCUUGAACAUUAUUACAAAUUCUAUAAAUGUCACCCGGGUUCCUGAGACAAACUCCUCUUCACCAAAUGCAACUUCACCCCCGAGCACAAAUACAACCACUCCUGCAGUAGCUGCAGUAUUCAACUUGGUCUUUAGCAUCAAUGAAACCUUUGAUGCAGCACUGGCCAAUAUCAGCUCUCCACAGUUUGCAGCAAAAGCUUCAAGUAUCCGUACUCAGCUUGAACCAUUUUACAGACAAACCUUCAAAAACUUCCUCCGGAUGAUAAUUUAUGGUUUCAGGAAUGGUUCGAUUGUGACAAAUUCCAGCCUUGAAUUUAGUGCCAAUGGCACCAUCCCAACUGACUCCACAGUAAAAGAUGCCCUUGUUAAUGCGACUACCGCCAACUCAAGCUUGAACAUUACUCCAAAUUCUAUAAAUGUCACCCAGGCUCCUGAGACAAACUCCUCUUCACCAAACACAACUUCACCCACGAGCACAAAUACAACCACAAGCACAAAUACAACCACUAACACAACUUCACCCCCGAGCACAAAUACAACCACUCCUGCAGUAGCUCCAAUAUUCAACUUGGUCUUUAGCAUCAAUGAAACCUUUGAUGCAGCACUGGCCAAUACCAGCUCUCCACAGUUUGCAGCAAAAGCUACAAGUAUCCGUACUCAGCUUGAACCAAUUUACAGACAAACCUUCAAAAACUUCCUCCAGAUGAUAAUUCAUGGUUUCAGGAAUGGUUCGAUUGUGACAAAUUCCAGCCUUGAAUUUAGUGCCAAUGGCACCAUCCCAACUGACUCCACAGUAAAAGAUGCCCUUGCUAAUGCGACUACCACCAACUCAAGCUUGAACAUUAUUACAAAUUCUAUAAAUGUCACCCGGGUUCCUGAGACAAACUCCUCUUCACCAAACGCAACUUCACCCACGAGCACAAAUACAACCACGAGCACAAAUACAACCACGAGCACAAAUACAACCACUCCUGCAGUAGCUGCAGUAUUCAACUUGGUCUUUAGCAUCAAUGAAACCUUUGAUGCAGCACUGGCCAAUACCAGCUCUCCACAGUUUGCAGCAAAAGCUUCAAGUAUCCGUACUCAGCUUGAACCAAUUUACAGACAAAUGUUCAAAAACUUCCUCCGGAUGAUAAUUUAUGGUUUCAGGAAUGGUUCGAUUGUGACAAAUUCCAGCCUUGAAUUUAGUGCCAAUGGCACCAUCCCAACUGACUCCACAGUAAAAGAUGCCCUUGUUAAUGCGACUACCGCCAACUCAAGCUUGAACAUUAUUACAAAUUCUAUAAAUGUCACCCGGGUUCCUGAGACAAACUCCUCUUCACCAAACACAACUACAACCCCCAGCACAACUACAACUACGAGCACACCUACAACCACUCCUGCAGUAGCUGCAAUAUUCAACUUGGUCUUUAGCAUCAAUGAAACCUUUGAUGCAGCACUGGCCAAUACCAGCUCUCCACAGUUUGCAGCAAAAGCUACAAGUAUCCGUACUCAGGUUGAACCAUUGUACAAGAAAGCCUUUAAAAACUUCAUCAUCAUGAAAAUUAUAAAAUUCUUGAAUGGCUCUAUUGUGACAGAAAGCAACCUAUUCUUCAGUGCUAAUGCCGCAAAUGUUACUGCGGCCCAAGUGAAAAACACUCUUCUCGAUGGACUUAAAAACUUGACUUUUACUGUUGAUCCAAACUCCAUCAACGUCACCCAGACUCUUGGGAAUUCCAUGCCACCAGUGAUUGCCAGCUCACUUUCCGUGAUAUGGAUGUCUCUUCUAUCACUUCUGCUUUCAGUGGCAUUGCACUUCUAGCUCUAGACCUGAUCAUACACAAUAACUUAAUGGUACUUAUUUCUAUUUAACGAUCCGAAUUCUUCUACUGAAGCAAAUAAACACAGACUGUUGUUUUUUUUCUUUCACCAUAAACAGUAACAUGUAAGUCUGCUUUUUAUUGAGAACUAUUUAAGAUAAAGGGAAUAUGGGGAGAUACAGUUCAUUCUUAUAAACUAUUUAUAUUUACAUGAGAAAUACAAAUAUCUUGACUUGCUGAAACUGGGGAUUUAAUGAGGGUAGUGAGUUGCCUGAAUAUUUCUCCACAUCUCAACAGUCUUUAAAAGAAUUGUUGUCUUUCAUUUAUUAAAUUUAACUCAAUUGCAAAAUUCUUUAAAACGUUGUGUACUUAACAGUAUAUGUAUAUAAUUGCUAUACACUUAAACGUAAACCUACAUAUGACUUCUGUAUAUCAGUGUAUAAAUAUUAUUAACAUCAUAUGAAAUAAAGCUUUGGAUACCA